AUGGCCUCUCUAAAACCGCCUUUCACCCUCGAAACAGCAAGGGAAAAGGUCAAAUUCGCCCAGAACAUGUGGAACAGUCAGAACCCAAAGCAAGUCUCCAACGGAUACUCGCCCGACUGUAUCUGGCGCAACCGAGACCAUUUCUUCCAAGGCACUGAGAAGAUCAUCGAAUUCCUGUCCAAGAAGUGGGAAAAGGAAGCGGAUUAUCGCCUGCGAAAGGAGCUAUUCGCUUUCACUGACGACAAAAUCGCCGUCCAAUUCUGGUAUGAAUACCGCGACAGAUAUGACGGGAUGAAGUGGAAGCGCUGCUAUGGUCUUGAGGACUGGACCUAUGAUCGUGAAACUGGCAAAAUGAGAAAGCGACAGAUGAGCGGGAAUGAUAUUGUUCUAGGAAGGAAUGGUGACGGGGUUGCUGUGCCUGAAGAAGGAAUCCAGGGACGGUGGUACACGGAUGGUGUCGACGUUGAUGAUGACAUGGUGACUCAAAAGAUCACUGAGGCUCACUGGUAGUGGAAAAGGCCAAAAGCAAGAAGAGACUUCGACAAAGAUGCGUCAGUUGGUCAAUUGAGUUGCAUCUCAAUACUACUACUAUGUGGCUAUGUUCAUUUCCCAAACUCCAAUCAACAUCAAUCGAGGCAUAAAUCUCAGUAAGGAUCGUCAGGUCAUAUAUCACAUCGC